AUUCCGUGUCCUUAUGGAUGUGGAAAGACAUUUCUAUCACAAAAAGGAUGCACCCAGCAUGUAGCCAUCCAUCGACAGAAUCUGAUGGCUCCUAGUACACCAGCCAAUGAUAGAUCUGGAAGCACCAAUGUCCCCUGCAGCCAUAAUUGCACUACUUCGUCCUCGUCACUGGCACACAAUGAUGAAGAAGCAUCGCCUUUUAGUGUAGAUGAUGACCGGGUGGACCCCCCAGACUUAGGUUCUCAGAUGGGCAAGCAAUAUCAUCCCUAUCUUACGGGCACCCCCUGUGAUGAAUUCGGGAAUGAUCUUCCACCAAAUUCUCCCCCGCCACCACCACCACCGCCAAGUGAAAAUGCGUGGGCACCGUUUAAUGGAGAGGUUGAAUUUCAAGUGGCCGAUUUCCUCUUUCAGAAGGAGGAGAUGUCGCAGGGAAAUAUUGACUAUCUCAUGGAGUUAUGGUCUCUGUCUGGGCUUGAGCAUGGCAUCAACCUUGGCCCGUAUGCCAAUCACGAGGAGCUGUACCAGGAUAUCGACUCGAUCAAACUUGGUAGUGCGCCUUGGAAGUGCUUUGUGUGCCCACCGCCGAAUGAUGUCCCUCUAUCUGCACCCGAGUGGCAGCGCCAGACAUACCAAGUGUGGUACAGGGAUCCAGACACAGUUAUCGCAAAUAUGCUAGCAAAUCCCGACUUUGAGAAAGAGUUCGAGACAUCGCCGUAUAUCGAUAUCGGGCCAGAUGGGAAGCGCCGUUGGAGUGAGUUUAUGUCAGGCAACUUCUCAUGGCGGCAUGCGACUCAGAUCUACGAGAACGAUCCGACCACAUAUGGUACCAUGUAUGUUCCAGUGAUCAUAGGAAGCGACAAGACCACUGUUUCAGUUGCAACUGGCAAUGUUGAAUAUCACCCAGUCUACCUAUCCAUUGGCAACAUCCUGAAUCGUGCACGCCGGGCCCAUCGCAAUGCUGUUAUCCCGAUUGGUUUCCUUGCUAUACCUAAAUCUGACCGUAGGUAUGACAAUGAUGCCCAGUUUUGCACCUUCAAGCGUAAACUCUACCAUGCUUCACUGGCUGCAAUUUUACGAUCCCUUAAACCAGGGAUGACAUCGCCUGUAGUUCGACAGUGCCCUGACGGCCACUUUCGCCGCGUCAUCUAUGACUUGGCCUCUUAUAUAGCUGACUAUCCAGAACAAGUGCUGCUUGCCAGCAUAGUAUCAGGGUGGUGUGUCAAAUGUACUGCACUGGCGACGGAUUUAGAGACUCCUGCUGGACCAUGCUCUCUUGAGCAUUCACAGAAGCUCCGAGAGGAGUUUUCUGAUAAUCGCACCUUGCUCUGGGACAACUAUGGUAUUGACGAUGAAAUUCAGCCGUUCACGGAGGAAUUUCCCCGUGCAGAUAUCCACGAAAUCCUCACGGCUGAUCUCCUGCAUCAAAUUAUCAAGGGAUCCUUCAAAGACCACCUUGUUGAAUGGAUAGGAGACUAUCUCACAAGUACUGUGGGUGCAGCGAGAGGUAAAGAAAUUAUGCAUGAUAUAGAUCGAAGAAUCGCUGCGACACCUCCCUUCCCAGGAUUAAGGCGAUUUCCACACGGGCGACGAUUCAAGCAAUGGACCGGGGAUGAUUCCAAAGCUUUGAUGAAGGUCUAUCUCGCAGCAAUAGCAGAUUACGUGGAGGCCGAUAUUGUCAAAUGUCUUGCGGCAUUCUUAGACUUUUGCUAUCUCAUGCGCUGCUCUGACCUGAAUGAGACCACUCUGGAAGCAAUCACUGAGGCCCUCGAACGAUUCCACCGCUACCGCAAUGUUUUUAUUAGAAGUGGAGUCAGAGAAGACUUUAAUCUUCCCCGUCAACAUUCUAUGCGCCAUUACUGCCAGCAUAUUAUAGAGUUUGGGGCCCCAAAUGGUCUUUGCUCCUCAAUCACAGAAAGUCGACACAUUACCGCUGUGAAAAAACCUUGGCGACGAUCAAACCGCUACAAUGCCCUGAGUCAGAUGUUGCUGACAAACCAGCGCCUCGACAAGCUGAAUGCGUUCUCUGCUGAUCUUGUUCACCAUGGCAUGAUUCCGCCCACGCAUGCCCCACCACCAGAGCCUUUUGAUACAGGUGAUGAGGAUAGUGGACCAAUCGAUGAUGACAAUGUCAUGGCUCAUGUUUUCCAAGCUCAAACACGAGAACGAGGUUAUCCUCGAGACCUUCAUCGUCUGGCACGCUACAUACAUCAGCCAUUGUUGCCAGAUCUUACUCGUCGCUUCCUUUACGAGCAGAUCAACGGUAUUUCAGAUGCUGAUAUUGCAAUCGAUGACUGUCCACCAAUUUUAUCGAACGUAUAUGUAUACCACUCGGCCGUGGCCUGUUAUUAUGCACCUAGCGACAUAUCGGGCAUAUGCAGGAUGCACCGUGAACGUAUCCGUUCAACACCAUCAUGGUAUGGUUACCGUCGUCACGACUGUGCUUUUGUGGUGGAGAAUCAGGAGCGUGCAGGAUUUCAGGGCAUGAGCGUUGUCCGUGUCCUUCUGUUCUUCUCUUUUACUCAUGAUGGGAUUGAAUACCCAUGUGCAUUGGUACAUUGGUUCAAACGGCAUGGCUCUCGGCCAGACACUACGACUGGAAUGUGGAUUGUGAAACCUGAUAACCGGGGACGUGGGGAACAACCAUGGAUUAGUGUCGUCCAUCUGGAUUGCUUGGUACGUGGUGCCCAUCUUCUUCCUGUUUUCGGACGGCACCCCCUACCAUUAGAUUUUCAUUACUCCUUCUCACUCGACUGUUUCACUGCCUUUUAUGUAAACAAGUAUAUAGAUCACCAUGCAAAUGAGAUUAUCUUUUAG